GCCACCUGUCAGUGUCUAUCAGUGCCUUGUGUCAGUGCUCAUCAGUGCCUCGUGCCAGUGCCCAUCAGUGCCACAUCAAUGCCACAUAUCAGUGCCUACCAGUGCACAUCAAUGCCACAUAUCAGUGCCCAUCUGAGCUGCCUUUCAGUGUCACGCAUCAGUGCCAGUCAGUGCCACCUAUCAAUGCCAGUCAGUGCCACCUAUCAGUGCUGCCAAUCAGUGCCACCUAUCAGUGUCCAUCAGUGCAGCCUAUCAGUGCCUACCACUGCAGCCUCAUUAGUGUAUAUCAGUGAAGGAGAAAAAUCACUUAUUUACAAAAUGUAU